UACGUCGCGCCAGUCUCCGCGCCGGUGUUCGGGUGCUCUUGCGCUUAAUCGAGGUUAGGUUCGACAAGGCGCGUUCUUCGAAACGCGCUAACGACGUUUAAACGUUCUCAAUUUUUUUUUUUUUUACCGAGAGAACGUAAUUCACGUAUCGCGUUAUUACCAUUGUUAUCAUUAUCGUUGUUACAUCCGUUAUUACAAGAUCGAGGUUGACACCGUCGUAUUUUAUUUGUCUCACUUUUAUCAUCUAACGUCGAGACGUGUGGCACGCGGAAUAUGGUGCGCCCCGAGAAGAAACUCGAAACUAGUCGCUUGCAAAGCGACGGAUAAGAGAAGAUCAAAACGGAGAGGAUCUGACAGGAAAGAGUAGUGUGAAUGUUCUCGGAUAGCCGUAUGUCGCGGCUUGCCGCGCACGACUUUUUCAGUGCACACGAGGAAAAUAUGGAUAACUCUGCGUACGUGCCGAAUCAUCUACCACCGCCGUCCCUGGUCGUGUUUUCGCAGGCCGGGGGACUGCCCGAGGCCCUGAGAAUGCAAAGACCCUUCAAUCCACAAGUGACAGAUUCGAAGGAGCUCCAGGUGCCGUUCAGCACUGCGGCGUCCCUCGGUUACGGUCUUCAUCAUAUGCUUCACCUGCCACCACAAUUUCUUCAUCCACUGGACCAUCGGUUACCAUUCGCUGGGUUCAGGCCCCUUGGGCCUUCUGCGUUCGCGCCACCGAGCAAGUGCCUCAAGGUCGAGACGGGUAACGGUUCGGUAGCCGGCUCGGGUCUACCAAGCAUCGGCUCUCUUUCGAGUAUGUCGAAUAUGUUCUCGCCUACGUCCUUGCCUCCCUCCGCCGGUGGAGGAGCAGUCGUCUCAGUUUCGGGCCCAGGAAGCACGGCCACCGGUUCGGGCUCUGCUAACGUCGUUGGUGCUGGUACUGGUGGUGCUGGUGCUGGUGGUACAACCAGUGGUGCCGUUUCAUCUGUGCUAUCUUCUGGACCGGAAGGUGCACCUCACAGCCCGGCUGGUUCCGCGAGCCGUUCUCCGACGGGUACCGGGACCGGCUCGGCGCCGAAUCGAGGCCCAACCCCCGAGGAGGAGGAUCGAGACGCCAACGCCACACCCGGAUCCGAGAACACCGAGCGCUCCACCCCCGAGGAGGGACGACCUUACAGACUGGGGCCUGUGUUCGGGGGCCGAUGCGGCGCGGAGGCGCUCGGUCUGGGGCUGGGGCUGUCGCUGGGCCCGGCCUACAGGUUCGCUCUGCCCCCGGGACUCGCUGCCAAGACCACCCGCUGCCUUGUAUUCGACCAAGGCAAAAAGAAAUUCCCUUCGGAUCCGUCGUGUUGUCCGGUAUGUGGCGUUACAGUGAGACCGCAGGAACUCGAGCAACAUUUUGCUCAAGAACUCGAUCGACUUUAUAAAAUCUCGUCAGCGUCGUCACGACCACGGCCACCGAGGUCUACUUUACCACCAGUUCAUCCUCAGGAUCAUCCGCAUGGACCGAUGUUACAUGCUCCGUCGGCUGCCGAGGGUCCACCACAUGGAACACCUCAUCAGACACCUCAGGGUAGAUGGGAGACCUAUAAAAGAAUCAAGGCGAAUAGACAGGCAAGGAUUCGCGUGAAGAAUAGAAAGAGAAAAGCGGACGAGCCAACUUGUCCAGUUUGUAGCGAGAGACUGUCUGGUACUCCGGAAGAAUUGAAUCAGCAUGUUGAACGUUGUUUAAACAAGCACAACAAUGGUAAUCCAGCAGGUCAACACUCGAAUCUCGAUGAAGAAGAAGUCGACGUUGAGGGUGACGCGGAAACCUUCGAAGAGUAUGAAUGGGCAGGUCAAAGAAGAGUUCGGGCAACGUCAAUGCUCGUUGGUGGAUUUUCUGCUGCUGGUUUGGCGACAUCCUCGAGCAAUCGUGGUUCCGGUGGUGGUGGCGGUGGAGGAGGAGGAGGAGGUGGAGGAGGAGGGGGCGGUGGUGGUGGUGAUGGUGGAAAUCAGCAAGACGAGGAAGACGUAGACCUGGUCGUCGAUGGUGACGACGUUGCGGAAUUUGGACCGGCACAAUAUUCCGAGGCCGAUGUUAUCGCUCCAAGGAUCGAUGGUACACCGAGGGAACAAAAGGAGAGGGACGCACUUAGAGAAGCUGUAAUAUCACCAAACGCACCCCACACUCCUCAUUCCGAUCAGCUGACGCAAGGGUUGCUCGAGGUCAAGCCGGAACCAGGUACCACGACCACAACAAGCUCAUCGACGCCUAUUCCUGGCCAACAAAACGAACUCGAUGAAAAUGUUUCAUCUUCACCAAGGAGGGAUGGCGAAACCCCUGUCGUCGAAGCUCUUCGAGGAAGGAUCAAGGAACUCGAGGCUGAAAUGCGUGGUCAACCAUUCAAGUGUCUAAUUUGCAUGGAACAAUAUAAGAAACCAGUGACGUCUGUAUGCUGCUGGCACGUGCAUUGCGAGCAAUGUUGGUUACAUACGUUGGGUGCGAAAAAGCUUUGUCCUCAGUGCAACAUGAUCACCUCGCCAUCGGAUCUACGACGGAUCUACAUGUGAACGAUAUCUCGUAUGAAUGAUUAUAAUGAUAAUGAUGAAGUAUACCAAUUGACGAACUAUGUCCUACUAUGCUUCGACUGAAACAAUACAAUGCAAUACGAUACAAUUUACGAAACAGAAUUUAGGGAAAAAAACGAAAAAAAAGAAAAAAAAACAGAAAAAUAACAAAAAAAGAAAAACAACAAUAACAACAACAAUAACAACAACAACGGGAAAGAAAAUUAAGAACGAACGAACAAAAUGAACGACGACGAUGACGGAAUGAUGACAAAGACAAAAAAGAAAAUAGUUUCAUUGAAUCGUCGUUCGGAAUGUAUCCGCUAAUUUCGUGUAAAUACUUGUAAAUUCAUAAAUGUAUAACAUAAAUUAACUCUCUCACGUAAACAUACACGCACGGAUACACACGGAGAAAGAUCGAUCGUUCGCGAUCGUUUUUUUUUCUCUAUCAUACCUUCGAUUAAAGAGAGAAAGGGAGUGUAUCCUUUCUCUCUCUUUUUCUCUCUCUCUCUCUCUCUCUCUUUCUCUCUCUCUUUUUCUCUCUCUUUCUCUCUCUCUCUUUCUCUCUCUCUCUAUUUCUCUGAGUGUAACGCACUUUUUAGGAUUAGUAAAUUAACUCUUUUAGCCAUUAACGGGCGUGAAUUAAAGUUGUUGAACGUCUCGUUCCUUUAGCGCAUAAACGGCAUCGUUCGAUAUGAUUUAAGAUCGAAUGAUUUGAUUUAGGAAUUUUCGAGAUAGAUAAAAUCGAGGAACGAGACGAACGACAAAUUUUUAAGUAGAUCCUACGUCUCCCUUUUUCCAACGUUAAAAUCGCGAACUGAUGAGGUCGAUCGUAUUUACAAAUGGAAUUGAUUAACUUUUUCUUUUUUCCUUUUCUUUUUCUUUUUUUCUUCCUUUCUUUCUUUCUUUCUUUCUUUCUUUCCUUCUUUCUUUCCUUCCUUUUUUUCUUUGUUUUUUUAAAUUUCUAGAAAAAAAAACAAAAAAAAAAAAAGAAAAGGUAAAAAACGAAAAAAAAAAAACAAAAAUUCGUAAAGUAAGAAGUAAAGUGUUUGCGUACGUUAUAAAAAAAAAAAAAGAAAAAAAAAAAGAAAAAAAAAAAGAAAAAAGAAAAAAAAAAAGCAGAAAUGAAAAUUAUUCGAUAAGAGCGAAUUAACAAAAGUCCAAACACAUACAUUUUAUCUUUGAAUGAUUAAACCGCGCGCGCGCACUUAUACUUACACGGAAUAAACGGAGACGAUUUGUUGCUAGAAAAAAAAAAAAAAGGAAGAAGAAGAAAAAAAAAGAAAAAAAAAAAAAAAAGAAAAAAAUUCCUUAAAAAUGGCCCUCAUUUUCAAAGGACGUGUGUACGAUCGACGACGAGCCCGCACCUUGCGUUUUACGAUACUCUCUCGUUCUAAUUCUAAAAAAUCGAUCCUAUCGACGAUCGAGAAGAAAGAUGCCUCGAUCGUUCCUCGUUUAUCAAACUAAACAAAAAUCAUCGAGUUUUUUUUAACUCGUUAAACCUUUUGCGAAACGAUCGACGCUAAUACUUUUCUUUUUUUUUCUUCCCGAUCGUCGAUGAUAAUUAACGAAGCAUUUAGCUAAUCGUCGAAUCGUUUAGCUCGCCAAACGCGAGGACUAUAAUGUAAAUACGAUGAGAAAAGAUAAUGGCGAAGAAGAAGAAGAAAAAGAAGAAGAAGAAGAAUAAAGAAGAAAAAGAAGAAAAAGAAGAAAAAGCGUAGCAACUACCCUCUUUUCUCCCCCCGAACGCUGUUCUGUAAUCCAUAAUAAAACGAUCAUGGAAUGUAGUGUCGUUACAAUUAUCUCCCAUAAUAGUCAUUAUAAUUCUUCCCAAAAACA